AAUGGGCUGUGCCAUGCUAUUCUCCAGUGCAUGUGAUGUAAGAGGAAAGCUGUCUGUUGGAGAUUUACAGCAGCACAGGAGUAAACAUGAAUUCUGAACACAGAGCGACAAAAAUAAACAACAGCUGGAAAAGCUAUGAGUAAUGACCGCUUUCAUGGGCACACUGGAGAAGAGGGCAGUAAUCUGUAUGCACACAGCCCCAUUUUAAUCGUCACAUCCAUCACCAUGGCAAUGGAGCCAGAAUAUAAAAUCAUGCACUAUACCGACUGAAUCGGAGGACAACAGAAAAGAAGCCAAAUGUGAUUAAAUGUGAAAACCAUCGCCAACAUAUCAUUAGCCAUUUAUUCAGGAUGGAAGAAGACUUGCAACCACAGCCUUGAGUCAAAUGUGCUAUGGGCACCAUGGUUCAGCUGGCAUACAAUCAAGAGCAGAAGCAUUAGGACCAAGAUACGGAUCAGCACAUAGUGUAUGUUUGAAUUAAAGAAUCAGAAUUCCCUUUCGACUGUGGGUAAACCAAGUAGGCUACACCUCCCCUUCCGUCCUCACACUCCCCUCCCCUCUCCAUGCCCCCAGCGCUUCCCAGUCUCUGGUUCACUCGUCUCUGUUUACCUCUUUGCUAAUCCCUUGCAUUGAGUGGUCUCUCUCUCUUCCCUGUAUUCUCACGAUCGCUCUCUCUCCUCCCUUUUCAUGCUCAGAGCCAGAGGGCUGCCACACGACCCACUCCGCCUGCUAUAUGAUCUCGUGGAAAACAGAGCUCUGUGUCUUUUUAGCCGCUUGCUGCUGCUCGAGCCUUUGUAGAUUGCAAUCUAGGAGACAAGGAAAGAUGCCUUCGCGACAACCCUGACUCCUGUCAUCUCCUGAUGCACCCCUGUCCCCUUUCCUAGUAUCUCGCCCUGUCCCUUUACCCCAACCCCUCUCCUCUACUCCUCUCCAAACCUCCCUCUCUUAAUCCCCCCACUCUCCCCUUCACCUCGCACCCUCUUGACAAUGUUUUCAUGUGUUCGCUGGUUUCAGCCUUUCCUUGCCUUGCUAUCCUCUACCUUGUUAUCUUGGGGGUACAACUGCCCAUCCAGCUGCUUGUGUCCAGACCAUCACACCGUGGACUGCACAAGUCAAGGGCUCACCCGUCUUCCAGACUCCAUCCCUUUGGAUGUACGGAGACUACUUCUGUCUAACAACUGGAUUCCCUGGAUCCCUUCUGAUUUCCUGGUUCUCUACAGUGAUUUGGUCUACCUGGAUCUGAGGAAUAACUCCCUAACAAAGCUGGAGCCUGGGACUCUGUGCACAUCCUCCAGACUGGUCUAUCUGGACCUGGGAAGCAACAACUUGACUGAGAUCCCCUCGGGAACUUUCGGUGAGUCCCGUAGUUUGAUCAAACUACGUCUCGGGAACAAUCCUUAUUUGAAUAUGGUCAGCAAGGACGCAUUUGCAGGCCUCACCUCCUUACGAGAGCUCGAGCUAGAGAGGAAUUCCCUCUCUGGCCUGGACAUCGAGGUGUUGAACCAAUUGCCUUCUUUACGGGUGAUACGCCUGGAAGGGAACCCCUGGGUGUGCAAUUGUAACUUUGCCAAACUGUUUCUUUGGUUGUUGGAGAAUCGUCACAAGCUCCCAACUGGGUUAGAGGGUAUGGAGUGCUCUCUUCCAUGGGACGGGCGGCAAGUGUCCCUCAGUGUGCUUUCUGAGGACAGUUUCCGCGAGUGUCGGGGAUUGCUGACUCUCACUGAUUAUCUCAUAGUCAUUUUUUCUGGAAUUUGUAUUUCAGUGGCAGCCAUUAUUGCCAGUUUCUUUCUGGCCUCCACUAUCCACUGUUUCCAGCGGCUCAAAUCCAAAAGGACAGAUGAAGAGGAGGCAGAGGACUGAGGGGACUAACAGGACAGAAUGGAGAUUACAAAUUACCCACAAUGCACCACACACUGGAAGC